UCAACCUCUCAGAAAGUCGACGGAGUAUACCCCGACCCUGGUAUUUACCGAAUAGAAUUUGAGUUGCAAAGAGGCAAGAGACAAGCAGGAGACAAGAGCCUAGCUUCAACUAGAGCGGCUUCGUUUCUGCAACCCGCAAAGUAUGUCGAGGUGCCGAAGCGACUUGGCCUGGCACACCUACCCAUUGCAGAGGAUUACCGGGGCUGUUGGGUCGUCCGCUCGCCUGUCUGACUUGCAGCGGAGGAGGAGCAGUGUCCCUACCUAGGAGAAGGGGCAAGGAGGGACCCAUUCGUCGACGACCCCGGGACCCGGGGCUAUGUACUGCGUGCAGCCAUGCUAAACGGGACCAGAGACUUCCUACUUUAGCGGCCGCUGCAUCCUGGCCAGGAUUUGGGACGACUAGGCUGGCGUUGGUAUCUCGGAUCCGGACGGACGACAGUGGGUUCCAAGAGACACGGAGACUCCGCCGACUCUAUGUCGCAGUUGCCAGGAAAGGGACAGAUUGGGUUGAUCAUUGACGUGGGCAACCAAGAGAUCGAAGAGUUUGGACACCAUGGAAAUUCGGUGGGGGCUUUGGAGAAAACCGAAUAUUGCCCAUGUCUCCAGUGCUGUCCAAUCGAUAGUUUGGCGGCCUCUCUCCUUCAGCAGCAGGAAACGGAGCACAGUCUCUCUGAGUCUCUCCUAGUCCAGCUGGCCGACACCUGGAUACCCUCUCGAUUCUGUUCGGCACCUUUACGGCCGUGGAUAUCAGGCGUUUACGAGGCGCCGUGGCUGGCACUUACAUCAACACUUGACGAGACCAUCGAGAUCCCCGCGCGCAGGCUUUUUGUUGUCUUCUGCAGGUUUUACCCGGCAAAAGAGGGGAGAGGGAGUCGAGGAGGAUCUGCAACGCAACUAGGGAGGGAGCGAACGCGAAAAAGGGGACCUUGCAUCUGCCCAGAAUUUGAUGCGUGCUUUUUUUGUGCGCUUCCCGCUUCCCUGGUGUUUCUCGCCUGAGUGGAUUCUGUUCCAACGUAUUAUGGCCCGCCUCGAAUGUGGCUCGACAGCGUUGCUCUUCUGACUGUCCUUGGUCCGUCAUGGGACGCCGGCCGGC